CGCGCGUUUCCCGGCCACCGGCGGCGAGAUCAAGCAAGCAUCUUCUCUUCUCAUCAGCAAAGAAGAGGAUCCAGUGCGAGGAUCAUUGCGAGAGAAAUUCACCAGUUUCUAAUCAUCAAUGUCAGUGUUGACGAACUUGCGGCCGCUGUUGCCGACUCUGCAUCCGCGCUGACUCUGCAAGAGGCGGACGCUCCAUCCUCGUCGGGGCAGGAGGAGGAGUUGCUCCCAUCAUCGGAAAUCACUUCCAGUCCAGGGACACUGCCGCCGCAUAGCACCACCGAUGGAUCCUCGAGCUCCUUCCCAUCCAGCGAGGAGGAGCUUGCGGCAGGUGCUGCCGGGUCUACAUCGUCUGAACAAUUGAGCGCUGCCAGUCCAAGUAGUGUGCUGCGUUUGCAUGCCACGGCUGAGGAGUCUUCAACAUCGGCUUCAUUUGUCGGGCCUUCCAUUCUGUUGUCUACACCUCGAAUUGGUACCAGGACUUUUACAUGAGGACGGAUCGGAAGGGAUAUCUCCACAUGUAUCCUGAUCUGGGCGGACCGUUUGGAAGCUUCCAGGAAGCUGAAGCUGCUAUCAACCGCUAUCUCGACGAACGGCGGCUCCUAGAAAUGUACAACUUCUACACUCUGCUCUACCUUCAUCUCUCCAUUGCAAGCAUUGGUCAGUUCAACCCCCACCCCUCCUUUCACCCAACACAUGAACUCAAAGAUUUUGUGAGCUGGGACUGGGUGUAUGAGAACGCUAAGACUUACUAUCAUUUUAACUUCACAACGAAGGCGAACAAAGCUGAUGACGUCAAUCUAUUCUUUGCUGAAGUGAUGUGGAUAAAAAUUGGUUAUGCGGUCACCUGUUGUUGCGUGAUCACACCUAAUGAUCAUGGUUGUUGCUAUGGUUGCACUAGUACUAAGCAGAAGAUUAUACACCCAAAUAAUAAUCGUGCAUACAUUGGAGGGCAUGUGUGGGGAAAUAUGCCAUUUGGAGGUGAUGACUCUAGUGAUGAUGAGGAUGAUGAGGCUUUUGUGGCCAGACUAAGGUUUUUUUUAAGGGGCAGUGAAGAGGCGUUGGCGGACAAUUAA